GUUUAAUGGUAAUCUACCAGGUACUCAUGCACACGCGCGGCGUGUCUCGAAUAGAGUAUAUUGCAAGCCACUAAUCUUUUUCGUGUUUUCCCCUAGAGAAAAUCCUUUGCUGAGAGUAGUUGUUCGUGUUUUUUUCCUCGAGCAAGUCCUUCACUAAGAGUACUCAUAGAGGAACUUCGAGCGGACGAUGAUAGGCUUGCCCGGCGCGCAGUAAUAAGCUAUACUACGUCGCAUACGUAUCGGUCAUCUGCGCUGGUAACCUCUGCUGCCAGUCUGCACAGGUACUGGUGAGACUGUCAGCAGUAACGGGGUGUAAGAACUCACUUUCCGCACGAGAAAUCUAGAGAUGUACGCGUUUCUUUUGAUCAGUGAAGCCCGGAUUCUGUGCGCGUUUGUGCCCUUUUCUAUAACCCGACUCUCACAUGCACCGGAUCAAUGCGGGGUGGCGGCGCAUGCAUUUUUCAAGAGGCGUGGGGUGAAAACAUGCCACGCGAAACCUCGGGCCCGCGCGGGUUUUUCCGCAAUGCCGCCUUGCUGCGUUUGCGAAAUUUUAGGUGUCGGGUUUCUCAACCAGAGAGUCUGUACCAGCAGAAAACAAGCAGUGUCCUGAGUCACAACUUGGGGGAAUUUCUUCUGGGGUUUCGUCUUCUGCGCUAGGGGCCCUGCGACUUCCUGUCUGCUUUGUGUUUCUUUCCCCGACCAACGCCGGCAAAAUGAAGGCAGAUCCGACUUUGCAGCAGAAGAUCUCCCAGUACCAGGUGGUUGGCCGCAAGCAGCCGACCGAGGCGGAGCCGAACCCGUCUCUGUUCCGCAUGCGCCUGUUCGCGCGGAACAAGGUGCUGGCGGUCUCCAAGUUUUGGUAUUUGUUGAAGAAAAUGAAGAAGGUGAAGAAGAGCACCGGCGAGAUUUUGGCGGUCAACGAGAUUAGGGAGAAGCGGCCAACCUUCGUCAAGAACUUCGGCGUCUGGCUGCGCUACGACAGCCGAACUGGCACCCAUAACAUGUACAAGGAGGUCAGAGACAUCAGCCAGAACGGUGCCGUCUCUCAGCUGUACGCGGAAAUGGCUGGAAGACAUCGUGCCCUGCCCAGCAACAUUCAGAUCAUCCGUGUGGCGGAGAUCAAGGCUAGCCAAUGCAGGCGCGCACACAUGCAACAGCUGUUCGACAGCAAGUUGAAGCUGCCCGCGAUCCGCCGCAUCUUCCCCACUCCCAAGGACAAGAAGUCCGUCUUCUGUGCGAGGAAGCCCACUCUGUUCCUGCACUAAACUCGAGUGCGUUUUCGUUCUCAUCUUCAUUCCAAUGUCCGUUUAGUAUGUGGCGCCUUGAAACAACUUCUGUUGACUCGGUCAAAACGACUGCUUCCGGACACGAGUUAGCUGUUUAAAGUCGAACCACGCGUUUAGCGGCAGAGUCCCGUGAAGACUCGCCAGGAGCCUUCUGUGCAUGACUCCACUUGUUCAAAACCCAAGAUGCAUUCCUUCCGGCAAACGCACCGUCCGUGCAGCGACACGCGAGCG